UUAUUACGCCAGUAACGAUCGAUUAUCUGUCCCACAAAGUCUCUCCUUUACAAUUCAUAUUCUUCCACAUAGACCUUCUACUCGAACGAUGCCUGCUUCAAUCCUUAUAUAUAGGCAUAUUUACAAGUCUUGGCUCUUUGGAACGUGUCCUUCCACGCCCCGGAAAGCACAUAUUCUCCGAGUAGCUCUCGGUAGUCAGUGCUAGGUAGGCAACUUAGUCACAUCUUGAACAAGUACAUCCCGACUGGUCCCUCCUCGUAUAUAUUGCGUUUUAGCCAGCUCCACGAUCUUCGUCUCCGAUAGUAGGCGAGAGAAUCAUAUACCUAGGUAGAUUGGACUGACUGAUAACUCUGACCGACAAGUCUUUCUGGCUCCUAUCAAUUUUAUUUUAUAAUACUCUUCUAUUUCCCUUUCUCUUAACUCAUCCUCUCUCUCUCUUCUCUCCGUAUAUAAAUCAACUUUUAUCUUUAUCAUUCCUAAAACUUAACCUCACAAGUGUGCUGAGCGUCUCAAAGUCAAAAUUGGCUCAGCUCUGUUGAACCUUACCAUACUAUAUACAUAAUAGUAUUCUCCUGUUUGCCCAUCUAGUCAUAAUUCUUCACAAUGGCUCCUGAUAUCGAUUCCAUGCCUCGGUCUAAGGCCACACCAAACGGCAAUGGCCCAACGGCACCCACGGUGACCAAUGGAGCUAAUGGAGUCAACAGUGUUCAUGGUGUUGAUGGUUCUUCCGACAGCCAGCCUAAUAUUCUCUUCCUGAUGGCUGAUCAGUUGGCCGCACCCCAACUCAAGAUGUACAACCCGGAGUCCCAAAUUAAGACUCCCAACCUUGAUGCUUUGGCAGCGAAGUCUGUUCAGUUCGACUCGGCUUAUUGCCCAUCCCCCCUCUGCGCCCCUUCUCGUAUGAGCUUGAUCUCUGGGCAGCUUCCCAUGAAGAUCGGAGCUUACGACAAUGCUUCUCAGAUUGGAAGUGAUGUGCCCACGUACGCGCACUACUUGCGCCUUAAGGGAUACCACACCGCCUUGGCGGGGAAGAUGCACUUCGUUGGGGACCAGCUUCAUGGCUAUGAGACUCGUCUGACUAGUGAUAUCUACCCUGGUGACUUCGGCUGGGCCGUGAACUGGGAUGACCCGGAAAGACGGCUUGAGUGGUAUCACAACUCCAGUUCUAUUCUGCAAGCAGGACCUUGCGUACGAAGCAAUCAGCUGGACUAUGACGAGGAAGUGAUGUAUAAGUCGACUCAGUUCCUUUACGAUCAGGUUCGUGAAGGACCGGACAAACGACCAUUCUGUCUUACGGUGUCACUAACACAUCCUCAUGACCCAUAUACUAUUGAAGAAAAGUAUUGGGAUAUGUACGAGGAUGUUGACAUUACAUUGCCAAAAGUUAAGAUUCCUAAGGAGGAACAGGAUGCCCACAGCAAGCGGCUGAUGAAGGUAUGCGACCUCUGGGACGAGAACUUCUCAGACGACCAGGUCAAGCGAGCUCGGCGAGCAUACUACGGCGCUGUCAGCUAUGUUGAUGACUGCAUUGGGCGUAUACUUAAAGUCCUCAAGAACUGCCGGCUUGACGACAACACCAUUGUCGUAUUUAGCGGGGACCACGGUGAUAUGCUUGGAGAGCGUGGCUUAUGGUACAAGAUGAGUUACUUCGAAUCAUCUGUGCGAGUACCUCUUCUGCUCUCCGAUCCCCGGAGAUUCACACCGCACCGGGUCAAGCAGAAUGUAUCGACCCUGGACAUUCUCCCGACUUUGUGUGACCUCGUGGGUACCAAGCCGGCACCCGGCCUACCCAUGGACGGCCUUUCUCUGUUACCCCACCUUGAAGGCAGAGAGGGGCACGACACCGUUAUUGCUGAAUACACAGGCGAAGGUACUAUCAGUCCCUACAUGAUGAUCAAGCGUGGCCCUUGGAAAUAUAUCACAUGCCCAACCGACCCGCCACAGCUAUACAACCUAGAGCAAGACCCACUGGAGCUCGUCAAUUUAGCACGACUUGUAGAUAAGAAGUCUGGGCUCACCGCCGAAGAGGAAGAAGCAAAGACCAAGUUUGAGAAAUUCGAGGCCGAAGCUAAGGCUAGGUGGGAUUUUGAUGCUAUUACCGAACAGGUGCUUUUAUCGCAGCGGACAAGAAGACUUGUGUGGGGCGCACUAAAUGAGGGCAAGUUCGAGGCGUGGGAUUACAACCCCAACGAUAAUGGCACAUCCAAAUACAUUCGAUCCUUCCUACCCCUGGAUGAUUUGGAACGAAGAGCUAGAUACCCACCAGUUGAUAAGUACGGUCUAGAGACUCGAUCCAUCACUAUCGACCAAGCUGGGUCACACAACGAGUAACGCUUAUUUAAUGGAUACGUAAUGUAUACGAUGCAUCUCGUGGAGUCCUGCACAUAUUUAUGGAAAUUGGCUUUGCUAUCUUCAUAAAAGUCUUGGGUAUUUAUUUGUGGAGUAUUUAGCGACGUUAUGGGUGAUUAUUUGAUGGGAUAUACAAAACGGCGCAGCAUUAAGUAAGAUACCUAUGGUUCGCUUUGCGUAGGUAUCGUUGGAUGUGUUUCUGCUACCUACAUAGUAAGAAUCAAUAGAUUCAAUAGAUAGGGAAUUGAGACUUGAUCUAAUUUGUUCUGGAUUUUCUGGUGCUGCUAUUGUGGGUUGUA